AUUUUUCGCUAUUGUCAGCUAGCUCUUUAAAUCUGAGCUUAUGAUGCCCAAACUUUAAAUUUUAAUGCAAAUUUAAGUUGAGCAUGUGUGUCAACAAAUACUGUGAUAAUAUACUAAUCAUCUUUUUGAGUAAUAGUCCCUCAUGAUGGAUUCAGAACAAGAUUUGAAUCCCAAAGAAUCUCGUCCAGAAUCCGUGACUUUGAAAAAAGGAACAUUAUGGCAGCAACGAGAUAAAUUUUUUAGCCGGUGGAAAGAAAGAUUUUUUAUUCUUACAAGUGACUAUCUAGCGUGCUUCAAAAAAGCAUCAAAAAUUGGAAUAUCUGAGAUGGGUGGCUUCUUAUAUAAGGUGAAUCUAGCUGAUGUUGAUGACCUUCAAUGGAUUGACAAGAAGCAAGAUGGUGUAAUAGCUGUUCGUGUAGGCCAAGAAGAUCAGUUAUUGCUGUGGUCUUCAAAAGGUUUAGAUAACUGGAUGUUUGCUCUCAGGGAUGCUGUUAAUCUCAGCAAGGGACGAAGAGAAGCUCUUCGUCGAUCUCAAACAUUAAUGCCACAGUUAUCUGAUGGUGGACUGAUUGGGAGGCACCGUGUCAACUCUCAUCACUCUUUGUCUGCUAGUCCUGGUCCUCCAGGUUUGGUACACUCAGGAUCUAAUUUGGAACUGUGCAGUAAUGCUGGACCAUUCAUGCGAUCACUUGUUGAUAAACAUUUUAUGCCUUCAAUAAAUGAAUAUUCUAGAAGAAUGUCAGUCUUAACUGAAGGGGAUUCAAACGGCGAUACGGACUGUGAUGCUGCUUCAUCCUGUGAUUAUUACCCCGUGACUCGUCAUACAUUUGGCCCUCGACUUGCUCCUCAGUGUUCAUCUGGGUCACAUAGUUCCUUAGUUUCUCUUGGACGCCGCUCAGAAAAUGGACAUUUAUUUAAACCUUCUCCCCGUUCUCUUCAGGUGUCACCUGCUUUAACUCAAAGGUCUUUGUAUGCUCAGCAUAUUCUCUCCUCUCCAGAAAUAUCACAGCCUCCUGAAGCCAGACGCACAAAAUCUUCAGCUACCUCUGCUACUUCAGAGUUCUCUUUUGUGCACCCAGACUCACCUGUUGCAGUUUCCUCUCUACGUUUAAAACAUAACCGUCCAGGUGAAACAAAAAAGUCACAACCACUGUUACAACAACAGCAAUCUUUAGGUCUUCCUGGAAAUAAUUUUAGGCCUUCCAGUGUAUAUGGACAACCUCUGAUGGGAAACAAAUUAUCUUCUGGCCAACCUCCACCUGAUGUUGUUCCAUUUGGUGCAUUUAGCCCUAAUGAAGCACAGUCAUUACCUAAAAGAUCUGCUAAAUGUUAUAGUCAUUCUAAGUCUGAUUCAAGUUAUAUGGAUGAAAGGUUGGAACGUAUGCCAACAAAUUCUCAGAAAUCUGUUAUGUUGUAAAAUAGCAUAGAGUGUAAAAAACGUUUUUUAAACUAUAUCAGUAGAAUGAAGUGUAUGUGUUGAGCAUUUUUUUUCUUUGUAUGUAUGUGAGUGUGUUUGUGUAUGAUUGCUGUUUUGAUAUUUAUUUGCAGCAAAAUCCUAGUUAUAUGUUAGCUGCAAUAUCUGGUGAUGGUUUAAGAGUUUUCUGUAUAUAGUGCAAACUUUCGUUUGGCAUAUGCAUGUUAAAAUGACUACUUUUUGAUUUUUUAUGAUGAUUUUCUUAAAUAAAAUAUAGAAAUUUCUAGUAUAUUAUGAAAUUUGAAUUAGUCACAAUUUAUGUGCACAUGUAUCAACAAUGUUUCUUUUACCUGUGUAUAUAAAUAAUCGUAAAUUAUGCAUCCUUUUUAGUUAAAUCUUCUAGAUAUAUGAGAAAAUCAUCAUAAAAAAGUUCAACCUUAUUAGCAUAAUUUUUUUAAACUGAAGUUUUAAUCAACUAUGUAUAAUUUUUUUUUGCUUGAUGUAUUUAGAUUGGUAUAUAUAUUUGUUGAGAACAAAUUUUUGUCUAGGAAUGUAUUCCUCGACAUUAUUAUAAUUUAAUACAAACUAGAUGUGUAUUUUCCCUAAAUAGUGUUUGUAGCAUUCAGUGUGAAUAAUUUCAUAUUGUGAUUGCAUUUACUUUUUAUAUUAUUCACAAAUGCAGAUCAAUUUUAACUAUGUAUUUGAUGUGUGUAAGAUGGGUUAAUCUUUAUCAUCAUGUAAAAUUUCCAUACCUAAAAGCAAAGCGCACAUAAAAUAUUGAAUCAUUAUUAGCAUUUGUUUAAUGUCAGUAUAUUGGAAUAUUUGAUAUGAAAUGUAUGUUGUGUACUGUCAAGUGCAUCAUGUUUCUAAUCCUGCAAAAUUUGAAUAAGAACAUACAGAACUGAAGUUUAAAAACUGUAUUUGAUCACAAUGAACUAGUCAAAAUUGCUUUAGAAAAUGCUGAUUAGUAUAUGUAACUUUUUUUCAUAGAAUUUUGAAGUAUAGGACAAAAUAUGGCCUUGUAUAUUUUAAAUGUAUCUCCUAAACUUUAAGUAUCUGAUAUGAAGGCCUGAAGAAUGCUGUCUAAAUCAUGUUUAUGUCAGUGAAUUUAUUUAUUUAUUUAUUUAUUUAUUCAGUGCAAAUUUCUAAAGUAUUCAGAAUUAUAAAAUUCAUAUCCAUCAUAAUGAUCUGUUUGAUAAAUUAUAUGUAAUACUAUAGAGAGGAUAGUAUAUAUCAUAACAUAUCAUGUGAACAAAUAUUAGUGGAUUUGAUGUUGAAAAUGGGUGUAUUAUUUUAAUAGGAAGUUUGUUAGGGCUUUUUUUUUUUUUUUUUUUUUUUUAGCUACAAGAUCGUUAGUAGACACUUUAUUUUUCCCUAAGUAUUCUAUUACAAAUUAAAGUCUUCUUUACUAAUAAAAUAUAUUUCUAAUUAUAUACUUAGAUGAAUAUUAUUCUGAAAAUUAUUGUCUUAAAUUUAUUUCAUAAUUAAAUUGAGCAUUCAAAAGAAUGGACUUUAAGUUUACACCGUAUUAAUAUAUUUGAUAAAACUGUAAUUUCCAAAAAUAACAGUAAAGUAUAGAUUAUCUCAAAUGACAAAAUUUCUGUGUUAUGUGUGCAAUUUAAAAUAAAUUUUAAGAAUUGUAAAUAUGUGGUUUUAUGUAACCAUGUUGUUUCUUUGGAACUACUCUGAUAUGCGCCCUCAAGUCGCCAAAUUUCUCGCCAAAAAUGUUUGGUGAGAAACUACACGCUGCCAUAUUACUACCUAAAUUUUUUGUCUACAUUUCGAACUUUAAGCCUAAAAUGUCUCCAGAAACUCGGUUUUCGCACAUGCAAAAACUACGUUUUUAACACACAAUUCAAGUUAAAAAUCCAAAGCAAAAAUUUUAGGUAGCAAAAACGUAAAGUUUCUAACCAAAAAUAUUUGACAAGAAUCCAUUUACACAGCGACUUGUUUUAACUUAAAAAAAACAUCUA